GAUUGUCAACAACCACCCGCAAAAAGGCAGAAAACAGGAAAGAGAGCCGCAGAGAAAGAGCAGCCACAGUCUCCGAACUACAAAUCUAUUUGUAAACAGCUGACUCAAAGAAACCAGCAAGUUGGCAAAGCCUACAAAAGUCUGAAGGCACAGUUCGAUGAAUUGGAAAAGAGCAGCCAAGACAAGGACGAGCAGCUAACCCAGGCCCAGCAAGACGCCGACGAAAUGACAGACCUGGUCCGGCAUAGUGAGCAGCGUGUCGCCGCGUAUAAGGAGGAGCGAAGGGGAAAAGAUGAGCGGAUAAAGGUCUUAGAGCAGCAGCCGCCACGAGCAAUGCAGAAUUCUGCUGUGCCAUCACCUGUAAACCAUGAAGCUGCUGGGAAGGUUGACCGCAACGACCUUCAUCGAAAUCCAUCGACGCUAAGCGGCGGUGUUGUCGACCUCCAGGAGAAAAAAUGUAGCCUAAACAAUGCUUAUGGACUGGCAGGUACAGCAAGUAGCACUAUCAGAGACUUUCUUGGUAUAGCAGAGCUGGGAAGUGUCAAUGAGGUGACAUUUCAAAGCACCUUGGAGAAGCUG